GUGAACAACAAUGGCCAUCUAACGUUUACCGAGCCGCUGUCUGCCUACAAGCCCUCUCUGGAUUCCGGAAGAGACAUCAUUGCUCCUCUUUGGACUCGCCUUGACAACAGACGCGGAGGAACUAUCUCCUAUAGAGAGGAUACAAGCAGUGCUGUACUGGCACAAGCCACUGCGGCUGUUAAGCGAUACUUCCCUAGCAUACCUUUUGCUGCUACUUCAACUUUUGUCGCUACCUGGGACAGUGUGCCAUACUAUAAUGGUGGAGGGGUGGCCACUUUCCAAGUGCUUUUAGCCUACAAUGUUCAUCGCUCUUUCAUCCUGAUCUACUAUGGAGAUGUUGCAGAAACAGGACUACCUUGGCAGGCUGGCUUUUACACUGUGGACACUAUCAGUUCUUUCACAAUUCCAGCAUCCAGCGCCCCAGAACUCUCGUCAAGCAGCAAUAUCAACGUGACUGCUUGCUGGUCUUUCCAUGUCGAUGGUUCACCAAACUUGCCCUCUAAUUUCCUACCAUUUGGGAAUGGAGAAAGAGUGACACCCCGUAUGGAUAAUGGAAGCUCUGAAGCCAUUAUAUUGCAGCAGCCUUUUAAAUAUUUUGGACGCACUUACAGUCAGAUCUUUGUAAACAACAAUGGCCAUCUAACUUUUAAUGAGCAACUAUCCGUCUACAUCCCCCUUCUGAAUUCUGGAAGAGACAUCAUUGCUCCUCUGUGGACUCACCUUGACAAUAGACGUGGAGGAACUAUCUCCUAUAGAGAGGAUACAAACAGUGCUGUAUUGGCACAAGUCAAUGCUGCUCUUAACCAAUAUUUUCCUAACCUCCCCCUUCCUUUUAACACUACAUCAGCCUUUGUGGCUACCUGGGACAAUGUGCCAUACUCCUCUGGUGAAGGGGUAGUUACUUUUCAAUUGGUUUUGCUCUCCAAUGUUGACCACUCCUUCAUCCUCUUCAAUUAUGGCAACAUUGCAGAAACAAGACAACAAUGGCUAGCUCACUAUGGCACAGUGGACUUUGAGCACUCAUACACUUGUUCCCUACUGACAUCCUCUGAAUUGUCAUACAAUAGCAACGUCAACAUUAAUGGUCGCUGGGUUUUUCAGGUUUACAAUGUUUGUGAUACUUUAAACUGCACUAGAAAUGAGGUUUGCCAUUAUAGAGAUGGCUAUGGUUGUGGUUGCUUGGAAGGACAAAGACCUAACCCUGAAAGCUUUGAUGCCACAGAGUUCUGUUCCAGCAGCACUGGCACCAUAUCUCUUUCCCGCUGUCAACUCUUUGAAUCUUAUUUUCCUCCUGAGUUCCUGCACCUAAAUGAUCCCAACUGCACAGGGACUGUUGAAGACGGCAGAGUUCUGUUUCAUUUUGACAAUGAAGGCCACAUCUGUGGUACAACUCUAUCGAGCAACAACACUCACUUCAUCUACCAAAACUCCAUUCAUUCUAUCUUGCCAACGGGUGUUAUUACAAGAGAGAGAUGGAUGAAUAUUACAUUUUCUUGUGUGUACCCUCUGAUCCAGACCCUCUCUAUGCCCAAGGACAUCCAAGCUGAACAGAGUGUGAUAAGCAUAGAUCUUCCUGGCCAGGGCACAUACCAGAUCUAUAUGAUUCCUUACCAUGAUGCACAGUUUACCCAUCCAUAUGAGGGGGAUGUAGAAGUACAGGUGAACCAGCAGAUGUAUGUGGCAGUUGAGGUGGAAGGAGUGGAUAGAAGUCAGAUUGCAACAGUUCUGGACAACUGCUGGGCCACACCAGUUAAUGAUAGUGAAUAUCAAAUUCGCUGGAAUCUGAUUAAAAGAGAAUGUCCCAACCCUGAGGAUGGAACAGUGAAAGUUCUACAGAAUGGUAUUGACACAACAAGCCGUUUCUCCUUCAGGAUGUUCACCUUUACAGGAGCUUCUGAUCACAUCUUUCUGCACUGUAAGGUUCACCUCUGCCUGGUGCAGAAUGGAAGAUGUGCACAGUCAUGCAACCCUGGACGUAGACGCAGAAGACACAGAUCUUUGGACUUCCAUCACUCUGCAGCAAUCACCAUAGGUCUUUAAGAGAGCUGGACACCCCUGCUGGAUAAAUGAAAGAUGAAUGAUGUCAAAGAUAUAACUUUGUCCUUGUAGAGGAAGUGUUAUUUAAAACAGUAAACCAUACAUUUUUUGAGGGUGGGGUUUUUAUGACUGCAUACAAGACAUGAAAUUGUAUUAAAUCAAAGAUUUUUUUUCUUUCUUUUCUUUUUACGGUGUUCAUGAUGUAAUACAGUACUAUAUCCUUGAAUAAACUUGGUUAGCUUUGAAA